GAACUUCAGAUAUAAACCUAAACGUCUACGGUAUUGAAACAAACUCGAAACAUGAAAGUCUGCAAGAAAUGCUUCACGUCGUUCAAAAAAUGCCGGUCAUUUAUAGAUCAUGAAAUUCGUGUUCAUGGGCGCACAGAAUUUUCCUGGUGGUGCCCCGACUGCCCGUUCCUUCCAUUCAUGUCCCAACGUUCUCGCGACGAUCAUUGCCAUAUGGCGAAACAACAUCGUCGCGAUCUAAGGGGAGGGAAGAUGUUAAGAGCGCAUGUACAGGACCCGUUUUCGGGCAGGUCUAUGGAUACUGCUGAGCUUAACAAAUACAUCACUGAAAAUCUACGAGCCUCAGACACACUCAAAGAUCACGCAAGUGAAGCCCUCGAUGCCAUAUUCAAAAAGAUUCAAGAGGACGAUAAGUUACAAAUUAGAGAGCUGGUUAAGGCUGGCUCCCUGGCAAAGGGCACUGCUUUAAAAGACUCCUCGGACUUGGACUGCGUCAUGAUCAUGAACGGAAUUGAAACUGUCGCCGACCUUAAGAAAAAGUUGCCAGAUAUCCAAGAGCAAGUGAGUGCCUGCCUGCGCAACCCUCCUCCUGCCUGGAAAAUUGAAGAUUUAUGGAAUUCCAGAUUCGCUGUACAAUUUAAAUUUAAGAUGAAGCACUGGUUACAUGGGGAAGUCGAAGUGGACUUGCUGCCUACAUUUCAAGCUGAUGUUGAAAGCUAUGAAGGCUUAUUUCUAGGUCGUCGAAAAUUGUACUCGCAAAUGCAUCGAGAGAAAGGUAAAGACAUCCUUAAGUACUACUCGGCGGCAGCGUGUAAACUUCAGCGAGAUUUCAUCAAGGAGCUGCCAUCUAACGUCAAAGAUCUGAUACUUUUGGUCAAGAAAUGGCGUAAAAACUAUCAACUCGGACUUUCAUCUUACUUCAUGGAGCUUGUGGUGGUUCACGAGUGGCAGAAGGCAAAAAAACCAGAGAGAUUUGAUACGAAGAAAGGGUUUAAGGCAAUCAUGGAGGCCUUGUAUAACUACGAGGAGUUAUACGCCAUGUGGGACAAGUACUACGAAAAAAAAGAUGUACCUCGUGAAAUCAUUCAAACCCGCCCUCUUGUUCUGGACCCAGCGAAUCCGACCAACAACCUGUGUGAAGGCAUAGCCCAAGAAAAGUGGGAUGAGUUGGAAGAGGCAGCGAAAAUGACACUAGACAGUCCUUUUCUACAAUCUACACACGUGACACCUAACUGGAAGUAGUCAUCACCUUAGAAAUAAAAAUGCCAUGUCGUUUGAUGGAGGUUAAUGUUAAGAUCAUAUACAGUCAGAAGGGCUACAUAGCUUAGGCAAAAACAGGUUUCUUAGUUUAGAUUUUACCUGGAGUUUUGUUGGAAGAAAAAUGUUUCUUUCAUGUAUAAUUUAUUUUUCUAUAAGUAAUGUUUAUAAGUAGGCGGGUCCAGUUCAGCAAAGACUGGUUUUGAUAGAGGCUCUUGGUUCAGCUUUUUAGUAGCAUUUUAAUAGCAUUUUAAUCAUUAAAUCAAUGUAGAAAAA